AUGAGAGACGCUGGCCUGCAGGGUCGUCGCGAUCUGUUCCAGAGGAAGACCAGGCUGGAGGAGAGGUGGCGUCGUGGCCAGCACCAAAAGACGUCCUUCCAGGCUCAUCCGCAUGCCGUCAACGGGGUCAAGUUCCUUUCUACUGAUCACGCACCCCAGUUACCCGCACCCGUGGCGAAAGACAAGAGGGGACGAGCCAAGAAGGACCAAACGAAAGGUGCUGCAAGCGAUGAUGCGAAACCGACGUCAUCGAUGGUGCUCAUUACGUGGUCCGAUGACCACAAGAUCAAGAUAUGGCAGUCCUACGCGACCACUUCCUCAGCAUCGCCCAGCAUCGAGUGCAGUCUCGAGUUGUCGGGUCACAACUCCCUGGUCUUCACCGCUGAUUCCGACGGCGAAAUCAUUGUGAGCGGUGGCAUUGAUGAGAGGCUGAUCAUCUGGUCCAUGCGCGAUGGACAGGCGCUGGAUGAGAUAUCUGGUGUGCACUCAAGGGGAAUCGAAAAGCUGCAGCUUCAUCAACAUCAAGUGGUGACUUGCGGAGGAAACGACGCCACGCCCAAGCUCUGGGACAUACAGACCAAGCAGUGUACAGGCUCAUUCCUGGGUCACAAGGGCCGAGUGUUCACACUUGCCGCCAACUUUGAUGACCACUUGCUUGUCACUGCCGUGUUGGGUAUGAUCCCGUCGCUCUAUCUCAACCCGUUGUACUUUUGCCAAAAGUUGAUGGAUAUGCGCACGCACGAGUGCAUUCUCUUGGUGACCAACCAAAGCAGCAAGCUGGACUACAACAUGAAUGAAGUAUUGCGUCUGGACGGACGAUUGCUAGCGACGGGAGAUAGUGCUGGAGAUGUCAAAAUGUGGGAUCUCCGUCAGGUGUCGCAGGCCGGCCAGGAAGACUUCUGGCUGAAUCCGUUGACGACCUAUUCGCACGGUGACAACAACAUCUGCGGCCUCUGGAGCGACGCAAGCAAGCUUGUCACCGUGGGGUCAGAAAAUGUGCUUAAGUUCUGGGAGUUGAGCAAGACCAGUUUAUCUCAGCCCACCCAUUCGAAGCCCUUCUUCGAGCUACCAGCCGCUUCUGCUCGGAGCCUUCAAGGCGAUGAGCGCGCACUUGUGUAUGGUGCUCGAGACGGUUCCGUCACCAUCCUGGACUUUGGCGGCUUUGUAGACGAACGGAAGAAGAAGUCCAGGAAAGAGUGCGUCCUGCAGUAG